AUGCCACUUUCAAAAUCCAAGAAAGUUUCUGGCCCGGGAAAGGCAAUUAUACGGGAUAGAUUUAAAGAAAGCUCUAGAUCGAAGAAUGGAGAUACAAUUCUGCACACAACAGAAUUAAGCGAUGAUGCUAGUUGGAAGAAGCUGCAAUCGAUAACUCAACAACGAGAUCUGGAUGAGUUUUUGACUACCGCUCAAUUAGCAGGAACACAGUUUACUGCCGAAAAGUUGAAUAUCAAAAUAGUUACAAAUAGCUAUCAGAAUCCCUUCCUUCUUAGUGCAGAUAAGGAAAAAGAAACGUUGGAAAGGCAUGAGGCAAAUAAAGAAAGACUCGUGAUUCCUAGAAGGCCUAGGUGGGAUAAAUUUACUACACCCGCACAAUUAGAGAUAAAUGAAAGGAACGCCUUCCUACAGUGGAGACGGGAUCUUGCACAUCUUCAAGAACAGAAUGAGUUUCUCUUGACGCCAUUUGAACGUAAUAUUGAAGUAUGGCGGCAAUUAUGGCGCGUAAUUGAACGUUCAGACCUGAUUGUACAAAUUGUUGAUGCCAGAAAUCCCCUGUUCUUCCGAUCCACGGAUUUAGAAAAAUAUGUGAAAGAAGUAAGUGAUAAAAAGAAAAACCUGUUGCUUAUUAAUAAAGCAGAUCUGUUGACUACUCAUCAAAGGCGUAUUUGGGCGGAUUAUCUCGAUUCUCAAGGAAUUAAGUAUACCUUCUUUUCUGCUACAUUGGCGCAUGAAAGAGACGAACAAGAACAAUUAGAGCCAAAAGUUGCUGAAAAGGAAAAUAUGGAACUCUCUGAUGAUUUACGUCGGGAUAGUAAAUCCACGAAGGUUAUGGACAAAUCAGAAGAAACCAUAGAUCUACUGGAUGAGAAAGGAACCAGAGAAAAUGUUAUUAAAACUUCCGAUGAUAUCAUAAGUAAUAAACAAAAAGAUAGUGUCAUAUCAUCCGAAUCGAAUACCUUUGAAUCAGCUUCUUCAGACGAUAUAAUAAAAGAUCUCAAUUAUGAAGAUUCUAUUGAUUCUCGUAUUCGUAUAUGCUCAAAAAAUGAUUUAAUAUCGUUGUUAGUGGCAGAAGCUAGCGAAAGUAAAGAAUUAUCCGAUCAAGAUCAGAAGUUGACAGUAGGAUUGGUUGGCUAUCCAAAUGUUGGUAAAUCCUCUACCAUAAAUGCACUUGUUGGAGAAAAACGAGUUUCAGUUUCAUCGACUCCCGGAAAAACAAAACAUUUCCAAACCAUACAACUUACUCCUUUGUUGAUAUUAUGUGAUUGUCCUGGAUUGGUUUUCCCAAAUUUUGCGACGACUAAUGCCGAUAUGGUUUGCAACGGAGUUUUGCCAAUCGAUCAAUUGAGGGAACACACUGGACCAGCCACUUUAGUUGCUCAAAGAAUACCUAAAUCUGUGAUUGAAGCUAUAUAUGGGAUAAAAAUAAAGACAAUGCCAAUGGACGAAGGAGGCACUGGGGUUCCUACAGCAGGAGAAUUAUUGGUAGCUUAUGCAGCCUCUCGAGGGUUUACUAAAUCAGGACAUGGUAACCUUGAUGAGUCAAGAGCAGCAAGAUAUAUACUAAAGGAUUAUGUAAAUGGUAAACUUCUGUUUUGUCAUCCACCGCCAAUUGGAAUACCGAAAGAAGAAUUCAACGCAGAAAUACAUGAUAUAAAAUUAUAUAUUAAAAAAAAAAAAUUGAUUUCAACACCUGAAGAAAUGUUUAUUAAAGAUAGUGAUACAGUAAGUGAGUUAUCAGUUACUGCUUCGAGUACCGACAGCAAAUCAAAAAUGCUAGAUGACACCUUUUUCGGCAAUAAUAAACAACUUUCCGGACCAAGGAUCACGGGUAAAUUCGCUUUUCAGGGAGAAUUUAACAGAGUAAAAAUAUAUCCGAUUAACUCAACUGAUGAUGCUAAUAAUCAAGUGGUGGGUAAGAAGAGUCAUAAAAGAGGUAAAAAGAACAUAAAAAAUCGAAAUGCACAAGGUUAUAAUGUUUAA